GUUAUGAAUGGACAAAAAAAAUUCAGUUUUCUCUUAAAUGGGGUUUUGGGUUUAGCUGUACAACAUUCACAAUAAUCCCCCAUGUGGUCAGUAUUCAGAUCUCGAACCUUGUCUUCUUCCCUUGCAACACAUCAAUGGAAGAAUCAGCUAGGGUUUCCAGUCAUCAACCGCUCUUUUUCCGGCGCCGCCAGUGAGGGCGGCGAUGAAGCAAUUCGCGCCGGAGAGUUACUGAAACUGGAAGAAGUGGAGACGAUUCUCAGAGAUGUUAAAGCUGAUAAUGUUAAAGUUAUUCCGAUACCUAAACACUGUGAUUUUGCGGAUUUCAUGGUUGUUGCUACUGGUAGAUCCGCUUGGCAUGUUCGGAAUAUUGCUCAAGCCCUAAUUUAUAAGGUUAAGCAGAAGCAAAAAGGAUCAAAGAGAAUGCUGCUACCUAGCGUGGAAGGGCAAGAAGGCGGGAACUGGAUUGUAAUUGACUCUGUUUCUGAUUUUCCUUUAACGGGAAUAGGCAAAUUAGUAAUCCAUGCCCUUGAUGAGAAAGUGAGAGCAUACUACAACUUAGAGAGGCUUUGGAGCACAGAUGCAUCAAACCAGGAUCAUGGUCUCCUCCAGAAUCAAGAUUUGGACAAGGCCUUUGUGAAGGUUCGCCCUAAGAAUAACUCUAAAAAACGGCCCUCUACAAGUGCCUGACCUAUGAGCUUCAGCAUGGAAAAUCAGCUGUCAUGUUGGCUGACAAAUCCAGCCUCUUUAUGGAAGUGGUUUCUUUUAGGAAUAGCUGGGGAUUUACUCAACAGUUUGGAGAUUGUUAUUAGAUCAAAGUUUGCAAGUUCCAUUUUCAUCGUGAGUAUGAUUUUGAUGAUCAUACCCCUGAAACCAUUGAGUUGUACAUUCUCAAAAUAUGUUACAAACAGCAGCGAAGCCUUUGGCGCGUAAUAGUUGUUCCAGUUAAGGAUGCCUGUUAGGCUCAUGAGUCCUGAUCUUUUUCUUGUUGGUGAAUGAUAACAGCUUGGUCCACGGAGAAACAAGAAGUUCAAUAAUCAAACUGUUUUUAUUAAGUUCUGUCUAACAUUUUACUGUGUAACCUGUUAUAGUUACUUUCUUAAAAAUGGUAUAACCUGUAUGAUAUGAUCU